AUGCUUCACUGAGGGGAUGCUUUCCCUGCAGGCUGAGUGCAACAGGAAAUUGAUGCCAUCAUAGGGCAGAGGAGAAGCCCAGAGAUGGCAGACCAGGCCCACAUGCCCUUCACCAAUGCUGCCAUUCAUGAGGUGCAGCACUUUGGAAAUGUAUCCCCAUUAAAUUUGCUAUCCAUCACAUCUCGUGACAUUGAAGUACAAGGAUUCCUCAUCCCCAAGGGGACGACCCUCAUCCCCAACCUGUCCUCAGUGCUGAAGGAUGAGACUGUCUGGGAGAAGCCCCUCCACUUCCAUCCUGAACACUUCCUGGAUGCCCAGGGCCGCUUUGUGAAGCAUGAGGCCUUCAUGCCAUUCUCAGCAGGCCGCAGAGUAUGCCUGGGGGAGCCCCUGGCCCGCAUGGAGCUCUUCCUCUUCUUCACCUGCCUCCUGCAGCGCUUUAGCUUCUCGGUGCCUGAUGGACAGCCGCGGCCCAGCACCCAAAGCAUCUUCACAUUGCCAGCUACCCCAGUCCCCUACGAGCUCUGUGCAGUCAUGCGCUAGCAAGGACAGCAGCUCCAUCCUUCUCCCCAGCUUGUGCUGCAUGAUGUCCAAUAAACCAGACCUGUGGCUGCCACUCAGAUUCCUGGACCUCCCCC